UAAACAACCUUGCUGCCAUUUUCACAAGUUGGGUAGACUUUUUACUUUUUGAGAUGACAACUGCUGCGGCUAGCGGGAAAGAUCCCGUCAAUUUCGUCCAUCAAAAUGCAAUUUUAUGUGAAACUAUCGAAAAGGAAACGCGGCACCAGAAGUUAUACACAAAUUAUAGUGUGAAUCCAUUCAGAAAAAUGCACACAAUCACUGGGAAGCCUAACUCCACCCAUGACACAGAAGACGGAGAAGAAGAAGAUGAUCAUUUUCUAAAAGUAAUCCGCCGAGCAAGACAAGAGCCUGUUAAAAAAUUUACCACACCUCAGACAGAGGCUCAAGAAAUUGGAUGGAUAUCAACGGCUUUGAUUGAUACAGACAGAUCUGAUAGACGACUAAAUCAUCCAAGACAAAACACAGCUAUCACAAAAUACAUGGAUGCUGCAUGGAGAUACAAGGAACAAACAGAAAAUCUAAACUAAAAUACUCCUCAAUCUUAGUUAUAUCAUGGACAAUUUUUCAGUCAUACAAAAAUUGAAAUCAGUGUUGAUCUGAAAGAAAUGCUGUACUUUGCAGAUUCUUUCAGGAGCUAAACUUGCCUGUGAUUGUUUUAUUGAUGUUUUUUGUCACAAUCCGUCCAUGACUGCAGUUUUUGAGUUCCACUAAGAUCACAUCUCUCAAUCUCAUGUCUCUAUUAUUAUGAGUUUAUUUUGUAUAAGUGAGCACUAAGACAGAAUCUUUAUGAUCAUUUCAAGUUGAGUUAAACAAAAACCACUGUUUUCACAUCAAUAUUGAACAGUGUCUUGGUUUUAUGUUUAAAUGAGGCACAGUAAACUAGUUUUAAAUAAUAUCCAGUGGUCCCUAGUUUUUGGGCUGUUGUGUUAAAGAAGGUGCAGCAAACCAGUCUGUUGACAGCUUGACGAAAGUUAGGCAGAAUCACGUGGUUGAGGAGAGCAUGAUAUCUGAAUUGCUCGAUGCGGGAUUUGAGUUGCACAAAGAUAUUCACAGAUGAUUUAACACAACAUUCAGUCAAUGGUAUGGCAAGCGUUUUGCCUUUGGGAUCUUGUUAGAGUGGCUUCAUGUCUGGAUUUGGUUUCAAGUGUACAAUGUACUUUGUGGACAACUGGGUGUGUGAGGGGGAUGAUAUUGUGUUUGGGAAAGACCACAAGGAAGCAACUGUCUUGGGAAAGACUUCCGUACUUGUAAUUGUACAUACUUUGAUGUGUGAUGUGAGUAACUUUGCAUAACAUCAUCAAUAAACACUUCGUAACAUA